AUGGCUUCAGGGUGCAAACAUCAAGGUUUGGCGAGAUCGUUGUUGCUGGCUGUGCUGUGCUGCUGUGCCACUUUCCGGUGGAAUUGUGUCGUGGCAGAUCCAUUUUUUUAUCCAUCGUCACAGUAUUACUACGGCACCGGUUCAGCCAUACGACCGUCGGCAAAUGGCUACGGUUAUUAUCAGCAACCAACCACUGCUGAAUCACAAAAUGUAGCCGUUUAUAGUGGUAAUCCCAACUAUUACGGUGUGCCUGGUUAUGAGGAUCACUGGACAACGGGUUCUAGAAAUGUCUGGAACGAUCCUUACCUUCGAUGGAAGUGGAACAACUAUUACAAUGGUUACUACUAUCCCUACCCGACUGGGGGUGGAGGUGGUAGUGGAUGGAAACGAAACGAUGGUGCAGCAUACUAUAACGGCAAAAGGCGGGAAGAUUCCGUGCAACCGCCAGACACUAAACCGGAAACGACUACAACACGGCGUCCAAGGAAGAAAAAACUCUUCGUACCGAAUGUUUGGGGCUAA